AUGUUUGUUCCCUUUCUGCUGUGCAUUGUCAUUCUAGUCUGCAUGAGUAAGGAGCCUUCAAUGAUGUGUUACAAAUGUAAAAGAUAUCAUCUCGGGAUAUGCUAUGAAUCCAUGAGGUCCUGCAACCUGAAGCACAGACAGACAUGUGCUGUUGAAAACAUUUACUUCCUCACCAAGAAAGGGCGGAGUAUGUAUUAUUAUUCAAAACUGUCAUGUAAGGCCAACUGUGAGGACAUCAACUUCUUAAGUUUUGAGAAGAGGACGGAGCUCAUCUGUUGCAAACAUAAAAGCUACUGCAACCUCCCCGAAGGUGUCUAG